AUGCCGCCUAUAACAGCGCCUGAUCCUCGUACCACGCCCCAGCUAGAGUUCAAGUCAUACUCUGAAGACAUAUAUUUCCGAGCCGCAGGGAAACCAGAGCCAAACAGUCGCUCGCAGACUCUCAUCUACCACUAUCAAGACAGGCGAUGGUGGAUCAAAGUAACUUUCGCAGGCUCGGUUAUUCUCCCCGAUGCCGAAGCAGAGCAAACCAAACCAACACGAGAACGACGGAACGAAUUCCAAGACUUUGUCAGACUGAUCGAUUUUCAUACAAUGCCUUUGCUAGAUGAUACUGUGACUGAAGCUAUCAUAAGUGAAGACCAGAAAUCAAAAACAACCGAACCUGUCAUUUUGUAUGGCAAACCAAAAGACACCAAUCGGUUCGCGAACAUCGCCAAACACCUGCAAUUCUACGUCCAGGAGGACCCAUUAAGAGUGGACUACCCACUACGUCUCGAAUUUCCGUCUUUCCGAGCUAUCGACGCCGCAGAAUUAAGAGAAGAGCACGAAAUCAACAGCAGAGUAUUCCGCGUUCUACACACAAAGGCGACAGAACGACAUAUCCUGUACAUGCCACACGACUCAGAAGUCAUACAAGCAGAACUAGAAAACCUUGAACGGUUCAACGGCGUGCCUGGGAUUGUUCAAUCAGCUGGUAUUGCGGUGAUCAGUAACCCGUAUGCGACAUCCCAGACAAAUGUCCUAGAACUAGUCAUCAGUGGUAUUUUGUUUGAGUACUAUAGCGGUGGAACCUUGGAAUGUGUUCUCAAUGAACAGCGGGUAAGAGAACAUCGCUGGGAGCGAUGGGCUCUCCAGAUUGGGACUGCUUUGAGGAUUAUUCACAAUGCGAAGAAAUUCCAUAUGGAUAUAAAGCCCUCAAAUGUUGUUUUAGACAGGGAUGGCAAUGCGAUCCUUAUUGAUAUUAGCGGUAUUGGCGGGCAAACAUAUGAAUGGCUUGCUCCGGAGAUAUUGGCUGAAAAUGGUGAAUUUGAUCAUCCAUUUGAAGAUCUUGAAUCGAAUGAUGUCUGGGCUUAUGGAAAGCUCUUAGAUGUACUAGCUUCAAACGCUGGGGAUAGUCCUUUUACUGCGACUCUGAAGUUUAUUGCCGAACAUUUGACUGAAGAAAAAGUUCAACGACGGUGGACUUUAUCCCAGGCAAUCUCUUACUUGAAUACUUGCAAGGACACCGAUCAAUCCAAGCAUGUUUGA